CCUUCCCGCCACCUCUCUUUGUUCUUUCGCCCUCCUUCAUCCCCUCCCGUUUCGCCCAUCCUCCACCUUUUCCCCCGCCCGCCGAAAACCCCUCAGGAUCGAUCUCGUCACCCCUCAUCACCACCACCACCCCCUCCUCGAUUUCUCUUCUUCGGAUUAUAUCCGCUUUAUCGCCUUCUUCUAUAUUCGUUGAUUCCUUCAGGUGAAGUUCUUCGAGAGCUUAUAUCCUUUGAUUGCCACCUUUUCCCCGAUCUCUUACUCGACCUUCAAUUUGACAUCAUGGACGCCUCCGAUUUGCACGAGAACCCCAUGGUUGAUGAGAACAUGGCUGACGCCGUUGACAUGAUGGAUGAGGGUGACAUCGAAGUCAUCCCCAAGACCGAAGAGGAAUACGCCCAGUCCACGUUGACUCUCCGCGCCAUUGUUUCCUCCAAAGAAGCCGGUAUCAUCAUCGGUAAAGCCGGCAAGAAUGUUGCUGAUCUGCGUGACGAAACCGGUGUGAAGGCUGGUGUGAGCAAGGUUGUUCCUGGAGUCCACGAUCGCGUCUUGACCGUCACUGGUCCCCUGCACGGCACUGCUCGGGCCUAUGCUUUGGUUGCCAAGGGUUUGCUCGAGGGCGCCCCGCAGAUGGGCAUGGGAGGCGUUGUGUCUAACAAUGGCACCCACCCCGUCCGUCUCUUGAUCUCCCACAACCAGAUGGGUACCAUCAUUGGACGUCAAGGUCUCAAGAUCAAGCAUAUCCAGGACGCGUCCGGCGUGCGCAUGGUUGCGCAGAAGGAAAUGCUCCCUCAGUCCACCGAGCGCAUCGUUGAGGUCCAGGGCACUCCUGAGGGCAUCGAAAAGGCUAUUUGGGAAAUUGGAAAGUGCCUCAUCGACGAUUGGCAACGUGGAACCGGCACUAUUCUGUACAAUCCUGCUGUUCGCUCCUCGGUCGGCGGUACUAGCAGCUCUCCCAGUAAUCAGAACACUGGCAAUGGUUACAGCAGCCGCCCUUACAACCGCACCGGCAACGGUGCCGACUUCAGCGACCAGUCCGGCAGCUACAGCAGACGAUCCAACCCCGAUACCAGCAACCGCGGCUACCCUCUCGUCACCGAAGACGGCGAGGAGAUUCAGACCCAGAACAUCAGCAUCCCCGCCGACAUGGUUGGAUGCAUCAUUGGCAGGGGCGGAAGCAAGAUCACUGAGAUCCGCAGAAGCUCUGGAGCUCGGAUCUCUAUCGCCAAGGCUCCCCACGACGAGACGGGCGAGCGCAUGUUCACCAUCAUGGGCAGCGCUCAGGCUAACGAGAAGGCUCUCUACCUUCUUUACGAGAACCUCGAGGCCGAGAAGACUCGCCGCAGCCAGCUUCCUCAGGAGUAAAGUCCUAUCAUCAGACUACCCUUAAGCACAAAUCUCGCGCCACAUUGCUACCACCCGAAUCCUUAUGCGCUUCCUCCCAGAGAACAUAAUCGCGCGAUGUCUCCCUCUCGCUUGUGCUAACCACUUUGAUUCUUGAUGCUGUCUUUUUUUUCUCUCUCAUAUGGUCCUAUUUGUUUUACCUUAUAAUCUCAUAUGUGCAGCUUCCUUGGUUUUACAAGAAGCAAGAACGUUGCUAAGGUGGACCAUGCAUGCCUGUCAGAUACCAGUAUUAUGUGAUCCUCCAU